ACAAAAGAAAAGAAGUUUUUUAAGUUCAACUUAAAUUUCGACAAUCUUUUCUUUCUUCUUAAAAUGGCUCAAUCUCAAAACAGGAGAAACACUUGGGAUGGGCAAAAUGGGCGAAUUUUAGAUAUCAGGUCAACGGAUCUUUUGCACCUAUAUAUUUAUGAUUACUUCAAAAAGCAAAAAUACCAUCAAGCGGCUCGAGCCUUUUCUACAGAAGUCAGUAUUAAUACGGAUCAGCCUCCUCCUAUCGAUGUCUCUUUGUCUGACUGGUGGAGUGUAUUUUGGGAUGUCUAUUAUGCCAAAAAUAAAGAAGCAAUGGCUAGUAAAGAAGCUACUACAAAUGAUGAGUACCAUGAUUAUUUAAGAACAAAGAGAGAAGAAGCGUUGCAACAGGCUAGAGCCUUCAAUUUACAUCAGACUCAACGAAGGGCAUCCGAGGUGCAACGAUCCCCUCAACAGCAGCCAGACCAUUCCCAACUAUCACGGGAUUCGCGUCCGUCUCCAUCGAGCAGUCCCGCUUCUUUACCUAAUAGCGGUGCUAUGGCCCUACCUAAUAAUGCAAACAAUAUUGUAAAUACACCUCAAAGCAUGACCGCCAAUUUACCGCAACAGCCUCAAACGAACAUGCCCGUAAGACAUGCUGCCUCUCCUUCAUUUUCCCCACAGCAGAUGCAGCGAGGUGCUGAAGUGAUGACUCAGCAACAACCACCAACGCCUCAUGUAGCUGAAGCCAUGAUGAAUUCACCCAUGGUGAAUCAACAGCUGCAGAAUCAGCAGCAAAUGAUGCGAAAUCACCAGUAUAACGCGAUUCUUACUGCAGCCAUAAACGCAUGUGGUUUGGCUGGCCGUGAUCAAAGCACAUGGACUCCAGAAGAACGAAACAAUGUUACCAUGCACAUGAGAAGACUAACGCUGCAACAACAAAAUAUGAUGAGAAAUAAUCCCAGCAUGAUGGUCGGUCAGCAGCAAGCAAGACUACACAUGCAGCAGCAAGCGAUAAUUCAACAGCACCAACAACAGGCUAUGUUUCAACAACAACAACAACUGCAACAACAGCAGCAGCAACAAGGCCAACCGCCUAUGGGACAAAUGACACCUCAAAGGCAAGAAGCUCAGUUACCUCAACAGCACCAUCCAAUGGGACAGAGUCCACAAGUAGAUCCCGCUCAGCGUAUGAUGGGGCCUGCAGUGAACGGACAACCACGGCAGCAUAUAAACCCAGCCGGAGCCGGAAUGCCUGGUGUUAUUGGACCUGGAGCACAAAUGGGAAUGGUUGGUAACAUACAAAAUCCAAAUCUAAUAAAUGGCGCUUUCAAUGGUGAUGUGAACUUUAUGCUUGCACAACAAAUGAUGUCUAAAGGUCAAAUGCCUCCUGGAGGAUUAACACCUCAGCAGCAGCAGCAGAUACUGAUGCAACAGCAGCGUGUCAUGAUGAACCGUCAGCGAAUGAUGCAGCAGCAACAACAACAGGCUCAGCAACAGCAGCAAGCCCAGCAGCAGCAGGCACAACAGCAGCAGGCUAUGAAUACAGCUAAUCCACAAGGUCCUCAAACACCACCGACUGCUAUAGGAAGUCCAAAUCCAGGAAACGCCAAUGCAAAUGAUUCACCUGAAGGGGAUAAAAAGAAGAACAUCGCUGUAGCUAUAUAUCAACGUCGCCAGCUCUCCCAUGCUUUACAGCAACAAGCACAAGCACAGGCUCAAGCCCAACAGCAACAAGCUGUUCAACAACAGCAACAGCAAACUCAACAACCAUCCCAGCAGCAAUUUGUGCAUCAACAACCACCUCAAAAAAGACAGAGGACAGAGGACGUGAGUAAUACACCUCAACAGCAAGGUUCUCCCCAGCUACCACAUAACAUGAGUCCACAUAUCAUCAAUCAACAAGAUAUGGCAAUGCAACAAAGACUACAGCAACAGCAACGCUUUGAGCAGCAACAAAUAAAAGCCAGUCAAUCUCCUCAGAUGAACCGAAAUGCACUAAAUCAACAAAAGACACCACAACAAACACCGCAGCAAGUGGUGCAACAGGUCAGUGCGCAGCGUAUGGCGUGGAACCCUAAUGACAUAGGCUCACCUUCCAACUUGGACGUACAGUCACCGAUGCAACCCCAACAACAGCAGCAACAGCAACAGCAACCACCACCUACUAAUAACGUGCUCUCAUUCGAUCUGGAAAGGUUCAUGAUGGGUGAUGCAGGUGACUUUGGUGAAAUGUUUACCUCGGGUGACGAAAAUGCAGAACAGAAUUUACUAAUGGCUGGUGAUGGAGGCGAGCUUGACCCCUUUGGUGGGGGGUUUUUAGCUAGCAUGGGUGGCGGCAUUGAUUUGGAUAGCAACAUGGCAGUAUCUACAGGGAACAAUGGCGGUGGCAAUGCUGCUUCAGGCGUAGGAGUAAAUUUACAGCUGUAUGCUGAUCUAUCGGGACACACAAAUAAGGUAUCUACCGUAUCCUUCUCAAUGGACGGACAAUGGCUAGCGAGCGCAGGCCAUGACAGAAAAGUGAUGAUUUGGAGUGUUCAAGAAAAGAAAAUGAUGUAUACACUGGAUGGUCAUACAGCCAAUAUUACCUGUGCCAGAUGGAGCACAGAUAAUCGCAACUUAGUUGCUACCUCUUCUUAUGAUAAAACAUUACGCAUUUGGGAUGUAGGUUCAGCUAUCUCAAGUGGUGGAGAUAGUUCACCAAAGCAAAUGGUCAAGUUGGAUUGUCGUGCCCAAGUGACAGCGGUUGAUUUCGCCCCUGAUAGACCAGAUACGAUUUGCUCACUGGAUGCAGAAGGAGAAUUAAAAGUGUGGAAUUUGAAUACAUCAAAUUGUGAAAAGUCUUUAAAGAUGACACAAUCCAAGUCAGGAUUUUCACCCAAUCCCAUGAGAUUCCAUCCUAGAACGGUGACUGUACUCGCAUGUGCAGUAGGUAAUCAGAUCUAUAUUAUUGAUAUCACCAAAAAUAAUAAUGGAGACAAUGCCAUUCGAACCAUCACAACCGAUCACGGAAAAAAUAUUUGCUCCUUUGACUGGUCUGCGGAUGGAAACUUUUUGGUAGCAUCAUCCGAAGAUAAGAUCUGCGUGUAUGAAACAUCCCACUGGAAGUGUGUGAUGAACCAUAUUCCUCAGUCAAAAAUAGCAGGAUGUGCAUUUAUGAAUGGGGGUAAUGAAAAGCUAUGUAUAUUAUAUGGAGGAUAUCAAGAUAUCUUUAUAUGGCAUUGUGGAGUAGCAGGCUCCCAACCGAAGAAAGCUGGAUCACAGUCUGGUAUGGUCGUCAGUAUUGCAUGUUCAUCAAAUGGAGGACAAACUGUGGUUGCAUCAGCAAGUCAUCAUCAAAAGGAAAAGAAUCUAAUGCUGUGGUCAACUUAAUACUCUCGUAUAUAUAACAUUUUACUAUGAUUCUAUUAUACAUACAUCAAAAACAUACUCUUUUAUUAUUCUUACAGUUCAACAAAAUAUAUACAAGAGAAAAAAAAUAAUAUCAGAAUCAAGUGUCUUACGAUCCCCCUUUUUUCUCUCUCUCUCUUUCUCUCUUUC